AAAGAUAAAGGUGAUUCAUUCACACAUAAAUAGUUGACUUCAUAGGAUUCGUUGUGCACACCCUACGGAACUUGACCAGCUGUUUUCCUGUAGCAUGUGAGCCAUUUCAGUAACCUAUACGCAUAUAAGAGCUGUUUAGGAAGUAGGCAUGGAUUGUCUUCCAACGUCGUUUGAAGUUUGUGUUACUCGUUCACGGAAGGCCGCUGUCAACGCUCAGGAUAGGUUAAACGACUACAUUAAAGCAAAGUCCUUGGUUUGCGUCGAGCUAUAUCGGACGGCUGUCUUUAUAUCAAGCCAGAGGAGGGGAACGACUCUCCAAUUUGAAGGCUGGCAGGCAGAUGUCCCCGGCAAUGCCAGCCCAAGCACUCUAUACAAUCUAAAAUUUAAAAAGAAGGGCUUUGAGGAAUGCUCCUUGGUGGAGCUCCUAGGGUCCCAAAUCAGCAACCUCGAUUCCUUUAGAUCCGUUCUCCACAAGGGCGCAGACGUGUUUGUGCAAAAAUGUUUGGAAGACAAAGGAAUUUACUCCCCAUCAGCUCAGCUGAACUACGUAACCUACCUUGCGGAGGUGACACGUCCAAGGGGUCAUGAGAUAGGCACUGCAGGUGGCUAUUUCUGGCUACAGAAACCCUGGCUCAAGAAAAAGAAGGAGCUGGAGAAUGCUUUUGCAGCAGGCAGCCAGACAGCUCAGGCAGUCAGCAGUGUUCAGAAUAGGCGUUUUAUUCCCACAGCUUCGCGCACUCUUCAGGCGCAAACUGGCCUAGGCUCACUGGGUGGUGCCUCCAGCAGUAUGCACGUUGCAGCGGCUGCACCCUCCACACGAUUGGUGCCUUGGCAAGCCUCGGGGCACAACACCUUGGCCAGUGAGGCAAGCCCCAGCCAACGUACAGCUGGCCUAAGCCGCUGCACAAGCCCUGUACUGUUAAGUGAGGAAGCACAAGGCUCCGCCGAGGGAGACUGGGGGGCUGAUCUCCAGGGCCAGCGGUAAAUGAGCUUAUUUGAGAUGGAGCCAGAUGAAGAACGCCUUGGCGAUAGGGAGGCCUCGCCACUCACCAGAAGUCCCAGCUGGGAGCCGCAGGCCUACCCUCGCCUGGCUGGACUCAUUAGAAGCCGUCGAAAAGGCGUUGCAGGCAACUCGUCCGCCAGGAGUCCCCGCUCAGAGGCCUCCCCUCGCGCGGAUGGACUUCUCAGCGGCAGUCCUCAGGGCGGUGCAGGCAACUCGACGGCAAGGAGUCCCCGCUCAGAGGCCUCCCCUCGCGCAGAUGGACUCCUUAGCGGCAGUCCUCAGGGCGGUGCAGGCAACUCGUCGGCCAGGAGUCCCCGCUCAGAGGCCUCCCCUCGCGCGGAUGGACUCCUUAGUGGCCGUUCGCAGGGCGGUGCAGGCAACUCGUCGGCCAGGAGUCCCCGCUCAGAGGCCUCCCCUCGCGCGGAUGGACUCCUUAGUGGCCGUUCGCAGGGCGGUGCAGGCAACUCGUCGGCCAGGAGUCCCCGCUCAGAGGCCUCCCCUCGUUCAGCUGCCGCUUUUGGCGGCUGCAAGCGGCCUGUACCUAUGCUGUCACCGGGGACCGAGCACAAACUCCAAGGCGGGGGUUUGCGCUACCAUGGCGGCCGUCCGCAUAACAAGAAGGCUAAGCGGCAAUGUGUUCCGGCAAAAGGCCCUUCUGUUGACACCGCAAUGGAGGAGGCUCUCGACGAGGUUGAGGAGAUCACGACCAUUAGCAAGCUGGUAUUCACCGUCGACUCCCCCGCUGCUGUCCCAAAAGCCAUUAACGAUUCUGGCGGUGCCAUCCUCCAUGACUCGGACAUCUGCAAGACAGUCACCCCUGAAGCAGUUGAGCGAGCAUUGCAACACGGGAGAAAGUCUGAAGCCAUCUUCCAGGGCAUUGCGCAAAAGCGGAAUGGGGAGUUCGUGCCGGAGCGCGACCACAAGGGGAAACCCACUGGCUAUCUGAUGUCCACGUACGGAUCUCGACAGCGGCAGCAGUGCCCUAUCGACCCUGACAACCCUGACGAUGCCGAUGUGCUGGCAGAUUUCCGCGGUCUGGUGGAGCCCAAGAUCAAGGAGGCUAUGGCAGGAAUGGGUGAUGCCAACCUCAAGCUCUACCCUCCCAGCAUCCUGCUAAAUACCCAAUCCGAGAGGCAAAAGCCUGUGGCACGACAGGGCAACCACACGGACCUGGCUAAAGGGCAAACGGGCGGUGUUGUAAUAGCGGCGGUGCAGAAGAUGCGGCUCCUGCUGUACCCAGACAGCAACCGCGUGCUGGCACGGUAUUGGCAGCUGGAGGAGCUCGUUGACAGCGGCGUGAUUACGGAGGAGGACUUGCUGGCGUGGGUCCAGAUGCGCAAGUUCAAAGCAGUUAGGGUAGAGCUUGACGCUGGCGACAUCAUCUUCCUAGAUGGCCAUACAGUGCAUGCGGGUGACUGCGGUAUGGACGACUACCCUUCACUCCGUCUACACUGGUACUUCCUGGACGGCCAGAAGGAGAACGAGACCACGCACCUUAUCGUGUAUGGUGACGCCUUUGCUGCGCAGUUUGGAUAGUACAGGAGCAGAGCCACUGCUGGGCACUUUUGUCGACGGUGGCCCAUGGGACAUACCGGGGCGGGGGUCGUUGACAUGCAUCUCUGCAGCUUUUUACUUCCAUGUUGGGUACGGGGCCUGUGCAUUUGCGGUGGUAAAGGCAGCGUAUGAUAACGUGACGGGAGGGCAAGCAUGUGGAAGUUGCCGUUGUGACUUAGUUAUGGUUUUCCAGGCCUGUGGCUUUGGUCGAUUGAUGACCAGCAGGCUCCUUUCCAGCCCUCCAAGCACAUUGUGUUUCGUGCCGUUUAUAUGUUAUGGCUCUCUGUUGUUGCUGUCCACCUACGCUUUGCUUGUUGCGACGGGUAUGGCAGCCUUGCGUGCAAUGUGAUACACAGUCGAGGGUUCCGAGGAUGUGAACACUUGUGCUUCUACAGGGGGCGCUCCGACAGGUGGGCUGUAUCGGCAUGUAGCAUAGUCGCUAUGUGCGAGGCCGUGUUGAGUUCAUUGGUAGCCUUCUCAUCGGGGGUAGCAUGCCGGACUGUCCAAUUUUACAGAACCCUGAGGGAAUUCCUGUCACUAAAGCCCCGCUCGUUUGCUGGUUGAAGUUUUGUUUGGCUAAACAUUGUUGGCGCCUCUAAAUAGGGUGCCAAAAGCCUGGAUGGAGUGCGCACUCCACAUGCCUUGUUCUCGAUCCUUCCACGUACUCCUAGUUGUUCAGGCGCUCAUUCAGGGCCCUCACACAAUUAAAGAUUCCAAGUCCACAGGACACGUCUUGUUCGGAUAAAGCGCUUUCCGUACAAGGUUACUUUCCACCAUAUUGAACCACAUCAGCUGCUCUCCUUGGCUCAUUAGGAUGAUUCCCAUCUUUGUAACAUUGAGUAUAAAGCUGCAUACCAGGCUUGUUUACACGUUCGUCGUCUCAACAGUCGUCCAACCUCCUUUCGGGCUGCUUGCCAGCAUCUUUCACUCACUUGAUUACCUCAACUCAUUCAGCAUUGAUGGCAGCGCUUAUCGCAGCGCCCAAACAUACUCUUUUCCUGAGACACGGGUUUAAAGCAUUAUGUCAGAAUACCAAAACGUGUGAUAGCUUCCAUAGCGGCAAUGCUGAAAAUGCCAAGAAGCCUGCUCUUACGCUCCACGGCACAUGCCAGGGCACAAAGGGCGGCCAGACAUCCUGCCCGCCAUGUUACCUUUGCCCGCAUGAAGCCUGCCGUGAGCAGUGGAGCCGGGUUGGAACUAAAACCCCGUUUUGCUCAAAUGCCUGCCUUGCGGCGCAUUUCAAGAUUCACCAUGGGUUCGACGCCUCGGCCCUGGUAGAGUACCUGUCUCCCGAGUACGCCGCCUUGAUGUAUGCAGACCUUGUCGACUUUAUGAACGACCCCGCUUGGAAGGGGAAGGGGACCCCUUCCAAGUACGAGGAGUACUUCAACAGCUUGAUGGAAGCCAUUGCGGAGAAGUACCCAAACACGCAGCAGCUGGCGGGCGCACAUGACAGGAUGUCCAGCGCUGUGCUGGACGAGCUGGGACUGCCAUGCCACACGCCGGGUCCGUUGCUACCACCGUAUACGGUAGAUGAUCCCCUCAGCCACCUCCGCAGGAUGGUCGCCGAGAACACCCUCCAGGCGCAUGUCCAUACACUCCGGAAGGAGGUAUCCGACGUGGACCAGGCAGCGGCUGAUAGCCUGAAGCAGGAUGCGGUGGCUGUCGCCACUGCAGCUGCCUGGUACCUUGGCGGGCGUGAGGGCACCUUGGGCUUGAUGAACGUUCCCUCCGCAACGAGCUACACCAAUUCAGCCGGGGGCAAUACCACGUUUACAUGCCAAACCUGCCAUAGUCUCCUGAACUUCACUGCUUAUGGGGUGCUUCCUGCCGGUGAAGCAAGCAAGUUAAAGGAGUCUUUCCCUGAGUUCUACUGCACCCGUGGUUGCCUGCCUCCGCGCCACAUGGACUCUGCAAAGCUCUACCGCCUUCUUGAGAUGGAGACGUGCCAACAAGCCUACAAGCUCGUAAAUUGGCUGCACGUCGAGGGCAUGCCACCAUACAUACCUUCGAGCUCAACCAACCCGUACAAGACGACACUCACACAACAGCUGCCCAGUGGUCAGCUUGACCGCCUCGACCCGCCCUUCGACGUGCAGACAGGGAGGCCGCCGCUGGUUACUAAGGACUGGCUUACGGCAGAGCUUGGGCGCAACCAUGCCUGCACAGGUCUUACAAGUGUGGAGAACUGCGUUGCAGCAGUGUUCGCACCCAAGAACAAGUCAUACCGCCUUGUCAAUCUGAACGUCCCCAGCGGCUCUAGCUCCUGGCUUUACGACAUCCGGGUUGCGGCAGUCAACCCCGGGGACUUCUUGGGCACGUCAUCCAACGUCAAUUUGCGGGACAGCACCCUGGUGCUGUGUGGGGCGAAAGGUACGGGAACGGCGUGCCACAUGGACCGCACGGAGGCGUUCAACGUGUUGUUCGCCCCUGAGCGGGAGGACGUGGAUGCGUCAAAGCCGUGCGCGCUGUGGACAUUUGUACGCCCAAGUGCCAUUGGGGCGUUUGGUGAUUUCCUCAGCAAGCACCCUGCAUUGCCCGGCGUCGACAAAAGCGCAAAGAAGGACAAGAAGGACAGCAGUGUCGUCGAGUGGGAACUACUGGCUGCAGCAACCUUGAAGGAGAAACGGCUGUCACCUGAUGGCUCCCGCAAUGCAUUUCACGGUGGGCCUCUUGUGGAUGGGGGCAGUGCGAACGUGUUCCGGCCAUUCGUGCGUGACGUGAACGAGUUGAGGGCGGCUCUAGGGGAGAAUAACGUGGUGGUGAUUGAGCAGUACCAUGGUGAUGUCGUGCACGUGCCGGCAGGAUGGAUACAUCAGGUGGAAAACGUGCAGGCCUGCCUGAAGCUUGCCUGGGAUACUCUCAACCCCCGGCGUUUGGUGCAUUACUUUGGAGUGCAACGCCUGGUGGUGCACCACGGGCUGUGGGGCUAUAGCCCUGAAGACUACAUGGCGAUAGAGGCUGUACUUGCAAAGGCCAUUCCAGAGAUCAUGAGGCAUGUCCAAUCAAAGUGAGGGGUGUAGGUACUUUGCACUGUCAAAGGGCCCCGUGGACAGCACAAUCGCUUGUAGGUAAUUGUGUGGGUGUUGUUUGGGAUGUACAGACGCAGUCUUAGGCUUAGCUUUACUCCGGGUGCCUGCUGCAUCCGAUUGGCAGCGGGUGCGUUGGGAUGGGAGGGGACUGCUGUACGGACCGGAAAGGUGGCGUUCUCAAGGCUGCAGCCAGCUAGGGGGCUGCAGGCUUAGCUUUUCACCGGGUGACUGCUUUUCCUUUAAGAAUGCUGGCAGCGUUUGCGUUGUGAUGGGAGGGGACUGCUCGCCGUACGGACUGGAAGGGUGGAGUCGGACUGGAAGGGUGGAAUCCUCAAGGCUUUAGGGCUGAAUUGUAACUGCUGGGUUUUAUUGCUAAAGCGUGCGCGUGUGUUUGCUGCAAGAAUGCUGGCAGCGUUUUGCGUUGUGAUGGGAGGGGACUGCUUGCCGUACGGACUGGAAGGGUGGAGUCCUCAAGGCUUUAGGGCUGAAUUGUAACUGCUGGGUUUUAUUGCUAAAGCUUGCGCGUGUGUUUCCCUCGGUAAUACGGCGUCGUAUACCUAGGUCUACAUUUUAAAAUGUUCGCACUAAGCCAUACGAACAACAUGCUUUGCCUGACGUGCGCUGAGGGUGUCAUGCAGACGCGUCGUGCACAAAGGCGCAUGUGAGUUCGGGGAUUAGGCGGGCGGGGGCCAUGAGUGAGGGCUGCGAGUAUGCACCGGCUAGUGUGUUAUGUCAAUGCGGU